UCGAGGUCAAGGACAAUCAUCGCGCAUCAGUUAAUGGAAUGUCACGGGCUGGCGGAACUCGUGGUGUUCUCGCUAUCUUCUCUGUACUCAAUUUCACCAGUAUAUUUCAAUAAUAACGUCCUUUCUGUUAUCCGGUCUUCAAAGCAACCAUAGAAGCUCAGCGUUAUGCUGAAAAAUGUCCUUCUACGAUAGGCCUCAACUUAUAUAGGUUACACUCCAUACUAAUUCGUACUCAAAUCAUCAUUCGUCUCUGACUCCAUUUAUUAGUUUGCGCUAACAUUCUUUCGAAUUCUAUGUCCCAAGACAUAUUAAAAAAUGCUGUCCAUUCUCAACGUGUUCGUUUCCUGUACAAAUUUAUACUUACUUUGCAUCGUUCACUGCCUUCGCAUUUACGGGAAAUUGGUGACAAAUAUGUGAAAACAGAAUUCAAGAAGCAUAAGGAUGCCAAACCCGAAUUUGUUCAACCAUUCAUGGUUGAAUGGACAAAAUAUGCAGUUGAAUUAUCAAUGCAAAUUCAACAGUCAAUACGAAAUUCGAAUAAUAAAAUUGGCGAAAAGGAUGAAAUUAAAAUGAACAAGGAAGAAGCGCUUGGUAAACCAUUGGAUGAAACUUCAUUGAAUUAUUUUUCUGAAACACAACUUAAUCAGCUAUUAACUUUAGCUAAAGAAAUUUAUGAUGAAAAUAAUAAACCAUUAGAAAACUAGUCGAAAAAAUAUCAACUUUAUUACAAUGUGUUGCGAACUAUAUCAAUAAAAUGUAGCG